GCGGAUGGCUGGGAGGGCUGUCACUCAGCGGCCCGCCAUUGUGUUUGGUUGAGAGCGUGCCGGUGGUUGUUGGUCGCGAGCAGCCUCCAGGCCGCUGUCCACAAACUGACUGAGAGGAAGCUGAAGAAGGAAUUCCCACCUCCGUAAACAACAAUUUAGGAUAAGUUUUCCCAGUGUUGGACUAUAUGAAGGAGUGAAGAUUUGGAAUGUUGAAUGAGGAAACAGAGAAUUUCAAAAUGGCAGAGCAAGGCUCAACUGAUAAAUCUACGCAAUCUACUGACCCAAGUGGAUGUCCUGAUGUUGACAAUGGUGGUACUAAAACAAACAGACCAGUUUCGGUCUCGAAAUUCAUGAUGAGCAACAAGAUCGAAUCUAUCAUGUGGCUGCUUCGAAUAUUUACGCUGGUGUCAACAUUCUUUUUUCUGUUUCCUAUCUUGGGAGUUGCUGAAGGUGGACAGUUCUAUCAGAGAGCGUUGCUCGCUAAUGCCCUGACAAGUGCUUGCCGGCUUCAUCAGAGGCUACCCAGAUUCCGGUUCAGCAGAGCCUAUGUCACACAGGCACUCUUAGAGGACAGCUGCCACUACCUGCUGUACUCGCUCAUCUUUAUUACAUCCCAUCCCAUUACCUUAUGCUUGGUACCAGUGGCAGUAUUUUCUCUCCUUCAUGCAACAGCUUACACCAGGAAAAUCUUAGAUAUCAUUGGCCCUAGUUCCGUGCCAUGGGUGCGAUCCUUUUUAGACAAAAUGACAACACACCAGCAGAGCCUGUUCAAGUUCAUUGCGUACAAUGAGAUUCUCUUGAUGCCUGCAGCUGUCUUUAUGUUAUUUGGAGGCCGGGCUCAUUUAUUCCUCCCCUUUUUCUACUAUCGUUUCCUGACCCUAAGGUAUGCAUCUCGAAGGAAUCCCUACUGCAGGACAUUGUUUUAUGAGCUUCGAGUGGCAAUGGAGCAGAUGACAGCCAGACCUUCCUGUCCAACCUUUAUCCGAAGUGCAUGUCACAAAGCUAUAAAGCUCAUCUGCAAGCUUGCUCCAGGGUCAUAGAAUUUUUACAUUUUUUCUCAGCAUAAGAUUAUGUGCAAAUGGUGGAAUUUGUUACAAUUUUGAAUUCUGUAGUACAUUCCUAUAGUUUAUGUUCAAUAUCACAUUUGUAUUUUUUUUAAUGGAACGAUGUCAGAAACUUAUUUUGGUACAUGUUAUUUCCAUCACAGAAGUAAAUUUAUUUUUGAUUGUUGGGUGACAAGAAUGUAUAUUACAUGAUGGAGUCACAUGGUUUACUUUAAAUACUGUCUGCAAAAUGUAGGUUUGUGGGAAAACAAACAUUGAUCUCCAACUGUCUACAUAUCAGAUUAAUACUUAACCAUUCAUUAUUUUGCUUUAUUGUUUUGUAUGAUACAUACAGUUGUAACCCUAAUAUGGAUAGUCUUCUAACAUCUUUUCUCCAUGUGGAAAAUGACGAUUGUUGAAGAGGUACAAGAAAAUAGUUUAUCGUAAAGAAAUGGGUAUUUGACUUUGGAUCCACAAUAUCAUAAAACAGUACAGCACAGAAAUUGGCCCUUCGGCCCAACGUCUCUGCACUGACCAUGAUGCCAUUCAAAACUAAUCCCACCUGCUUGCACAUGAUCCAUAUCCUUCAGUUCCCUGCCUGUUCAUGUGUCUGUCCAAAUGCCUCUUAAUCAUUGCUAUUGUAUCAAAUUCUACCACUUUCCCUGGCAGAAUGUUCCAGGCACUGACCAUCCUCUGCAUUUAAAAGAAAGAUUGCCUUGCACAUCUCCUGGGAACCUCUGACUAUCCAUGCUUGUCAUGAUUUUAUGUGUUUCUAUCACGUUGACCCUCAGCCUCCCAUCCUGUCAUGAAAACAACCCAGUUUGUCCAACUUCUCCUUAUAGCCAAUACACUCCAAUCCAGACAACAUCCUGGUAAACCUCUUUUGCACCUCUACAACCUUUCUAUAGUGUGGCAGCUGGAACUAUAGACAACACUUCCAAACAUAGUCUAACUAAAGUUUUGUACAGCUGCAACAUGACUUACCAACGUUUAUAUUUAAUUCCCCGACUGAUGAAGGCCAGCAUGCCGUACAUCUCUUUACUAUCUUACCCACAUGUUGACCCUUUUCAGGGAGCUAUGGACUUGCACCCCAAGAUCCCUCUGUAUAUCAGUGUUCUUGAGGGUCUUGCAUUUACUGUAUAAACUAUACAUCACAAUGUGUACUAUAUGCAUCAAAAUGCAUAUUUGAUGCUGAAUCAGUGUAAUUCCUCAUUAAAAGUUACAUGCUAUGACAAAGAUGUACAUAAUUCAGAAAGUAUUGGUCAAAUAACUAAAUUAUUAAUUUAAAAUCUGCAUAAGUUAGUUGCUCAAUGUCUGUUCAUUGUUUGUCAACUCCUUCCAUCUUUAUGGUACAAAUGACUUUCAUUUUGUCAACAUAUGUCUUCAGGUACUAAUAACUUGAAGUUUUUGCUUAAUAUUAAUAAUCUGAUGAAUUUAGUAACCCCUGUACUUUGUAAAAAUACUCCAAAAGCUUUUGCAGGGCAAUGGCACCACUACUGUGACGUGGUAGCUCCCAGAUACACUGGGAGCAUCACUUCUGAUUUGCAAGGUUAGCAAACUAGGUGAGAAAGUAUGUUAAAGGUUACUUUUUUGUAAGCUGCCUUUGCAAAACUGCCACCACUCUUAAUUUGCAAUUCAAAUAUUUAUUGGAUGUAAGAGCUUUUGUAAAUAAAUUGGAUGCCUAGCCAUAUGAAGAUUGAGCACGUUCCUGCUAAUGUACACUGUAGAACUAAUACUGUGUUGAGCAUGCACCUGACUUAAUACUAGUGCUUACAGUAGCUACUAUCAAGCCAAUCAGUUAGUAAAGUAAAAGCAAAAUUUUGUGAAUGUUGAAAUCUCAACUAAAAAGAAAAUGCUGGAAGCUUUCAGAAAGUCAGAUAGCAUUUGUGAAGUUUGAUGCCUGAAGAGUUACCACUGAACUCCUGACCUACUAAUGUUUGCAGCAUAUCUUGUUUCUAUUUCCAUCAAUAACUGCUACAAAAUUGUCAGUACUCUGCAGUUACAAGGUUAACAAGAAGAAUCAGUUAAAUACUGGAUUCAAUUUUUCAAAAAAACCUAAAUCUUCUCAAAACACAUGCAAUGGAUACUAGAAACGGGACAGAAUUUAUUGUAACUGACCCAGGUCCAGCUCACCAAUUGGAGAACCAGUGGUAACCUACACCACUUCUAAGUCACCUCUCCAACCAAAUAAGGGCCUAUCGCUAUUACUCCACCAGCCAGCAUAACCUUUCCCUGGGAUUUUAUACUCCACGGUGGAAAUACCACCUACUAAGAGAGAUUGGCCUUUUAAAGGCUAGCAGCUCUCCCUUACCAGUGCUAUGACUGUGAUCGUGGAAUACCUGGACUCAGGUGACCAGGGGUGGGUAAAUGAUUUAAGGAGAGGGGAUGAUGCAAAAGGUUUGGAAACAAAGGUAGAGUGUUAAGUAUAAGCUUCCCCAAGCCCUUCCCAAAGCAGGUACCCAUGAUCAGGCACUAAGUGCCUUUGCAAGAGAGAACCAUACAAGCAGACAUGGUCUUUGGAAGGCAAGUGAAAGUUAUGUUGCUUAUAUUUAAUCCCUAAGCUAUGACUAAACUCUGGUGGGUUCAGGGAUAAUUGGUAUGAAUUGCUAUCAUCGAUAUCCUAUCAGAGGUAGGUGAGUUUCUUCAGUUGUCUCCCACUCAGUUGUAGGAGAUUUUCCCACCACUCUCUUAUGGUUUCGUGUACCCAGACAGCAUUUUCCUGCUACAAUUGGUUACACUAAAUCCAGAUCAUAGUCUCAUACAAUCAAAUUUUCUCACAAUAUCUGCUACACCCUGGCUGAGAUCCCUUUUGGUGCAGCUUCUAAUCUGGCUGCAUAUAGAUCUGAUUAUUGUUCAGUCUGCUGGGAAAUGUUUUGGCCAAAACUAAGAUAUGAAGCUGUUAUGUGCAUGGACAUACCUGCUGGCAGUUUGGUGUAAUUGUGCUAUGUUUACUUCCCCUUCUCUUUUUUUUGACUUUGUAUAAAUUGCCAAGUUCUCCCCUCCUUCAAAGUUGUUAGAGUUAAUUUUAAAAAGAAAUAAAAUUAAUCAUGGAGUCUUAACAAAAUAAUUCCAGGAUUUGACCACAGGAAUUACACAUUUAAGUCAUGGUCUCACUGUGUUCUGUGGGGUUUUUUUGUCAUCAUGGGUUGAAUGCUAGGUGAAAAAUGCUGCAGAGUUCAUUAACGAAAGGAGAAAGGGACUUGAGAGCAAAGCCAAACUCAAAGUACUUGCAUUUUGCACAUGCAAAAAAAAUUCUUUAUCUCAGCCAAUUCAUUGGAGGAUAUGCCAAAUCGGAAGCUGGCCACUUUCUCAUAGGAAAGGGGCAAAUGUCAGCUGAUAAGUCACAGUAGGCCACACUUGUAUAUUUCCUACUCUUUCAAAAAGAAAAUUGCAAAUCCCUGACAGCGGGUCACUAUAUGAUUAUUCUGUCUGAAAAUGAGUAGUAUUUGUAUUAAAUUUUGCAUAAAUCCACUGAGCAAUCAUAAAAAAUUUGGGACAAUUUAAAAAUUUUGCAAGAACAUGUCAGUUAUUACUUACUUGAACAUGACAGCCAUGCACUGCCAGAGGAGGUGUGAUCUAUCGCAAGAUUUGGUGACAGUUUCAUGUCCUGCAAGAAGACUUGCAGACCAGAAAGCCAAGUAGACAGCAGAUGGCUCUCAAUUCUAAUGGCCGUACAGGUCACCAUGAUCCUGAAUUGUUUUGUUGGUGACCUAUUUCAGGAGUCUGAAACUGACCUGUCUAGUAUAUUGCAGUCAGCAUCACAAGGAUGCAUCCAAGAAGUCAUCAAUGGCCUUUUUGCCAGGGUGGACCAGUUUAGCUCCGUUCUGUCUUGGACAUUGAGGGUGAUAGGUUCGGCUUCAGAUGCUGGCAUUCCACAAGUACACAACAUGGACAGCUGUACACAUAUUAACAAGAGCACAAACCCAGAGUACAGACAAAUAUUUUAACUAGAAGGGGUAACAACUCCUCUGUGCCCAUCACAAGAGGUUUCUGCAUGUAUGCAAAUAUUAGGUCUGUGAAUCAGAGCUGCCAUGAAUGUUCUCACUAACCUCAUCAGGUGUGUGGUUGGACACCGUGAGUUAAGGAUUGCAACCUAAGUAGAAGGGCGCUUAUAUCAGUCACAAUCAGAAGUCCAGAGAGUGUACAAAAUUUGCCAUCAGACAAGGACGUGAGUUAAAGAUGAGGGAAGUGUCUUCUGCAAAUUGCAUCGUCCCGAGUUUGGCAAAGAGAAGAUAAUGGGGAAGAGGAAAAAUUUCAAAAGGGGGAAGAUAGUGAAAGGGAAGGCCCACUAGAGGGAUCCUGGAGUCAAGGCAGCCAACAAUAUCCUAGAGGGAAUAAGGAAACCGUGCAGAUCACCAUCACGGUCAAGAUUUGCUGAUACAUGUGGGCUUCACGUGAUGGGAGACUUCCAAUAAUGUGAUGGCUGAUCCGGAAGACAGAGGAGGGAGCUGGAGACAAGGGAAGGGGUUUGGAACUAUUGCGUGCACCCAUAUAUGUGGAUUGAUGAGGAACUGUGGUCAGCUGGCAAAUGACAAAUGAAUGCGGCUGACCGCAGUUGUGCACAUAUCCACUCAUGGUUCAACACAUUAUGAUCGGGGUGUUGGUAUGCUGGUCAUGGCAUUGACUGCAGGUUUCAGGAGGCCUGAGCUACUAAUUUUUUAAAAAAGGAAUAUUGAUGUAGAUGGUUGAGAAUUUUUCCACAAAGAUUUUAGUUUCACUGAAAGCAUCUGUUUGUAUCUUGCUCUGCAUAACACUUACCUAAGUAUCAUAGUGUCUUGGUGCUCCUAUCCCACCUAUGUACAUGUGGUGCUUACUGAGGUUGCUCACUCUCACAAGGCAAGUAGGAGCUUAUAUUGCUUCAGAGAAUGCAGCAAGAGCGCUACUUGUCUUCCAUUGCAGACCUGUCCAAAUGCUCAGUCCCAAAGGGAAAUUCCUGAGGUCUGUCCUAUGGAAUGUUCUAAAUACUGCUUUUCUGUAGUGCACCCCCAGUCUCUUCCAGAAGUAACUGUUUUUGACACCUCCUCCUGGACUCUGGUGCUAUACCCUUCACUGAGUGCUCCCCACUCUUAUGUCAGUAAAACCCACCAGAAUGCGGGUCUCUUAGUUGAAUCCUUGAAAGUUAGUGACAGCGGACCCUCAGACACAUACCUGGAAUAAGUGGAUUGCUUUAUGAGGAAAGGUUAGAUGGUUAGGUCUGUAUCCUCCAGAAUUUAGAACAGUCUGAAUGACUUAAGUGAAACAUGUAAAGUCAUGAGGGAUGUUGAAAGAGUAUUUCUUCUGAAGACUCUCCUCACUUGAGUUUAGAAUACUGAGAGGAUGUUUCCCCUCAUAGGAGAGUCUAAGACCAGAGGCCAUAGUCUCAGAAUAAAGGUGUGCCAAUUUAAGAAUUUCUUCUGAGGGUUGAGAAUCUUUGGAACUCUCUCCCACAGAGAGCUCUGGGGGCAGAGACAUUGUCUAUGUUUAAGGCCAAAAUAGAUUUUUGAUCAGUAACGGACUUAAAAAGGGGAAGGCAGGAAAGUGAGGAAUAUUGGAUAAGCUAUAAUCCUAUUGAAUGGCAAAGAAGGCUUGAGGGGCUGAACAGCCUAUUCACAUUAUAAUUCCUUAUGAUCUUGUGGAGAGAAUCUUGAACUAGGAGCCUUCGUUUAAAAGUAAAGGAGUUGCCCAUUUAAGACAGAUGUGGAGGAAACAUUUUUGUCUUGGAGGGUUGAGUCUUUGAAAUACCCUUUCUGAAAAGGUGGUGAAUGCAAUAUCCAAAUAUUUCAAGGCAGAGGUAAAUAGAUUCUUGGUUACCAAGGUGAUGAACAAUUAUUGGUGGUAUGCAGGAAUGUGAAUUUGAGGUUAAAUUCAAAUCAGCCAAUUGAAUGGUCGAGCAGGCUUGAAGGGCCAAGUGGCUAACUGUUGUUACUUUUUAAUAUUUGUGUAAUUGUGCUUUAUUUCUGCAAGUCCAUAGCUGUGAGAGAGCUCAGAACAGGCAAUCAUGAAGAGGAGCCCUGUCCCGUGUCCCCUUUCUUAGUAGCCACGCCUGAACAGGGACUCCCACUAGUCAGUGACCAGUUGUAUCCUGAAAACAUUCAUAGCUUGAAGUCAUCCCUCAGCAUAAUGGCCAACAAGCCAUCCUUCUCCCAGUUGCACAUGCCAUGGUGAUGAUAGAACAUGGCAUGUGCAAAGCCUGAUGGAGAACCUGCCAUCUUGCAAACAUUCUUUUGUGGAAUCAUGCUAACGAUGUUGCUUUCACCUUAACUGCUGUGAUCUCUUUCCAAUUUGGGUUUGGGUUCCACUGUUGGACUUGGCAAAUUAUCUGGCGUUGUGGGCCCUCUCCUCCUCAAAGGAAAAGAGUGAAAUGGUGAUCUGUAGGCUCAUUGAGGAAUGGUAGUUGGAGAUGCCUGCAAGGUGUCUCCAAUUUAUCUUCCUCAAUGUCCAUAUGGCGCGUUAUUUGUUUUCCUUUGACCAAAGACCCAUGCUGCACAUAAAAUGUGGAGAUCCUCUUAUCACAGUGCAAACAUUCACUGAAAUACUUGCACUGUAUCUAGUUCCACUGUUGUUGGCCUGAAGGAUUGAACACCUCUGCUACCAUCAUUCAUACUAGCUUAUGAAACUAAAAUGUGACCUGGACUCCAGGAGGAACCAGACAUCCCAUGAACACCUGCUGCAGCAAGGUCUCCAGAUGGUGCUAUUUCCCCUGCAUGGGCUGCUAGUGAAUUAAAGAGGUCUCUCCUUGGCUGGUGCCCCACAUCCAUUUGAGAGCCUUCCCAAGGUAUGACCACCAACUACUCUAAGGUUGCUGUCCCCCCAUGGUCUUCUAUCCAGACAUUCCCCCCUUACCCCAAUCCCCACCCUGACUGAUGCCCAAAAACUUACAAAUUUCUGAUCUGUCACAGCUCACCUUCUCACUACCCAAAUGCAAAGUUGGUUAACUGUGGAAAGACUCUAGGGUAGUUGUCCUUCCCUUGGGCAGGCUUUCCUCCCAAUGUUUUAGUCACAAGCUCAGAGACCAUGGCACCCCAUAUAACUCAGCCCAAAAAUACAGUGCAAAAUGUGUUCAGAGAGAGGCAUCAUUUCAAAAGUCAAGAACAGGCUCAAUUCACUUUUCAAUGAAAAUCCUGCCCCAUAUUUCAGUACCUGACAAAUAUAACUAAUGGGUUGCUGAAAGUCAUGCUAGUGCAAUAAUACAUGUGAUCAUUAAAACUGGAAAUAAAUUCCUAGUUAUUCAACAGUUAGACUGACAUUAAUUCCCUUGUCGUGGAUUAUGCACAGGGCCUAGAUAAUUUACAAUUAUUU